AUGCCAGUUUUACGUGCAAACGUGCACUUCAUCGUUCAUAGCCACCCAUACUUGGAAUGCAUUGCGUAUCCCCUUCGCAGCCUCGUACGUACCAUCGUCUAUUUCAGCCUGGACCCUUUGCACGAAAUACCACAAGUGCAACGGUAA